AAGGUGAAGAAGCUCAUUAUUUCACACCAGAGAGAGAAGAAAUCAAGAAGUGAAAAUGUCGGGAAUCAUACACAAGAUCGAGGAGACUCUAGGGCACAAGAAGGACGAGCACAAGAAGGACGAGCAUAAGAAGGACGAGCACAAGGGAGAGAGCCACAAGCAUGGACAGGGGGAGCACAAGGAGGGAAUUGUAGAGAAGAUAAAGGACAAGAUCCAUGGAGAAGGCGAUCACCAUGGACAUGGCGAGGAGAAGAAGAAGAAGAAGAAGGACAAGGAAAAGAAGAAGCACGAGGAUGGCCACAGCAGCAGCAGUGAUAGCGACAGCGAUUAAACGUAUCUAUAUUUUAUGUAUUUUAUUUGGUAAUAAACCAGUAAUUAAAUAUGGGUCGGGUCGGUUGCUGCAGGUGAAUGUGGGUAGCGAGAGCUUGUUAUGUGAAAGUAAAUUAGUACCAUAUAAUAAAAUCUAUCUUUUGUGUA